AUGAUCUCAGGCGGUCGUGGAGGAUGUCCAGCUGGUGGAGUGGCAGAUGUGAUUACGCGAAGGCGCGCGGCGCUGAAGGGAGGUCAGGAGCGGUCAGCCGGUUUUCACGGGGAGAAACCACAGCGCAACUGGCUUUCUUUUUUGAACAUCCAGGUUGGAAUCUUAAACGGUACGUACCAAACGAAAUGGUGUCGUAAGCCCAGUAAUAAAAACAUCUUGGUUCAUUUUCUUUCUGCUCAUCCAUUUCAUAUGAAGAAAGCUGCGCUUAACAACAUGUUCCGCACGGCAAGAACCGUUUGUAGUGGACCUGAGGAGAGAAAGGAACCGUUAACUUUGGUCCACGAAAUUGCUGUUUCCAAUGGUUAUGAAAUCCGAACGCCUGAAACGAGACGAUACCGAAGUGAACGAGCACGGCAAUUGGAAAACCCCACCACAGAUAAGAUACCUCUCUACUUUCCUUACAUCUCCAAUGAAAUGAGCGCUGCCAUUAGGCGGUGUCUGAGGAGAGCAGACUUGGACAGCUCUGUUUCGGUCGUUGAAAUACCAGCGAACAAUUUGAAACGUCAGCUAGUUCGGAAUCGUUUGUACGAUACCAUCUGUACACCACCGAACUGUGUUAUUUGUCCCACAGGUAGACCAGGAGACGAAAGAACUGUGGCAACGAGUAUGUCGGUGAAACGGCACGACCGCUGUGCCCAUAGAACACAAAAACACGACGGAGCCGAUUUUGAAAUUAGGGACCAAAUCUUAGCGCACGAAUCAAAAACGUUGGCUCGAAAAUCGCUGGAGGCAUUCUGGAUCCAAGCUAAAAAUCCUAAAAUGAACCGCAAGGGCGAAUGUCUGACGAUAACGCGGGAACUCGCGCCAUAUCUCGAAUGGUUCUUCCGAUCCGAAUGUGACAUCCGAACCAUUCGCCCUCGUGAUCGACCAGUCAGCGGUCCAUGCUAG